GGCAAAACAGGAUUCACAGCAGACGCUUGAAAUCCAGAGGUUCUUUAGAGGAAUGCACGGACUGUCUGAACGAAUUAUAACAAUUGUGGGUUAAUUUCUAAAUUCGUGGGAUAUUAUUGUUUUCUUUUAGUUUUGUUUUCUAAAAGUUCAAAAAGUUUUCUAGUUGUAUGAUCAUUUUCCUUCAUGAUGUCGGGACUAAUUCAACGUUCUUCUUCUGUUGUCAUUGGAGUCAAUGGAUCUCCAGCUAACAAUAGUUUAUCCAUAUCACCCACAACAGCAAUACAAUCUCCUCUUCAAAUAUUUGUGCGUGCAAAGAAAAGAAUUAAUGACAUUUAUGGUGAAGUGGAACAAUAUGUCAAUGAUUCGUGCAAAUUUCUUUUAGUUCUGCCUAACGACAGCGACUUAAUCACCAAAGAAGAGUUAUUGGUGGUUAACAGCCAUGUAGAGAAGGUCAAGGGUAUCCGAGAAGUACUUUCCCGCGACCACAUGAAGGUGGCAUUUUUUGGAAGGACGAGCAAUGGGAAAAGCACGGUCAUUAAUUCUAUGUUAAGAGAACGGAUACUUCCUUCUGGUAUUGGACAUACCACUAACUGUUUCAUCCAAGUUGAAAAAUCGGAAAAUGACGAAUCAUACCUGAUUUCAGAAGACUCCGCCGAAAGAAAAAAUGUAAAAUCUGUUUCCCAGUUGGCUCAUUCAUUGUGCACCGGUUCGCUUGGUGAUUCGGCCUUAGUACGAGUCUAUUGGCCGACUGAUAAAUGUCCUCUUCUGCGUGAUGAUGUUGUAUUGGUCGAUUCACCUGGCAUAGAUGUAUCACCCAAUUUGGACUCGUGGAUUGACCGACAUUGUCUAGACGCAGACGUAUUCGUAUUAGUUGCAAAUUCAGAGUCUACACUGAUGUUGACGGAAAAGAAUUUCUUUUUCAAAGUUUCCGCCCGGUUAUCAAAACCCAACGUUUUCGUAUUAAACAAUCGCUGGGACGCUUCGGCGUCGGAGCCUGAAUACCUCGAAGAGGUAAGGAGGCAGCAUUUGCUACGUACUGUAGAUUUCCUAGUUGACGAGUUAAAGGUUUGCGGAACUCGAACGGAAGCAGAGCAGAGAGUGUUCUUUGUGUCGGCAAAAGAAGUUCUUCAAGCUAGAAUUAACGAGUUUAAAGGGUUGCCCAUGAACACCGGAAUAGUUACUGAUGGCUUUCAUGGGCGUUAUUUUGAGUUUCAAGAUUUCGAAAGGAAAUUUGAAGAGUGUAUUUCGAAAUCAGCGGUUCGAACCAAGUUCGAUCAGCAUACUAAACGUGGAAAAGCAAUUGUUGGUGAUACACGAAACGUUAUGGAAAUACUUUUGGAACGAGCUAGUACCAAGAGAGCAGCUAAAAGCCAGAGUCGACGCGAAGUGUUAGAUCAUCUCGACUUUACUGAAAAGCAGCUUCAAUUAGUGACUGUGGAGAUGAAAGACAAAAUUUGCAAAAUGGUCGAAGAAGUGGAGCAUAAAGUAUCCAAAGCUCUGAAUGAUGAAAUUCGCCGUCUCUCCGUGUUGGUAGAUGAAUUUCACGCUCCCUUUCACUCAGAGUCCCUUGUAUUACAAGUCUACAAAAAGGAGCUUCACAAUCACGUGGAAGCUUGCCUCGGAAGUAAUUUGCGUGCGAGACUCUCUACGGCACUAGCGCUCAACAUGGACCAAUCACAGAAAGAGAUGAUUGAACGCGUUACGUCUAUGCUGCCUUCUGAGAAAAAACAAGUUGGGCUAGGUAUGAUACCGCGCCGCGAGCCAUUCGAAGUUCUAUAUCGGCUCAACUGCGAUAAUUUGUGCGCCGACUUCUCUGAAGACAUUGAAUUCCGUUUUUCGUAUGGCAUCACCUCUAUGAUCCAACGCUUUACGGGCAAGGGCAAAAUUGCUCCAUGGGUGAUCAGCAACUACACAGAAUCAAUUCCACGUCCCAUGGGGAGUCAACUUGGUCAAUCCGGGCAGCUUAUUCCACAAGCGAAUGAAGAUUGGUCUUUUCUUUCACGAAUCGCCAUAGCCUCCGUCACCUCUCAAGGAACAGUGGGAGGACUGUUAGCUGCAGGAUUUCUGAUGAAAACUGUAGGCUGGCGAUUGAUCUUUGCAUCGGGAGUUAUUUAUGGUGGCCUUUACCUUUACGAACGACUUACUUGGACAAACAAAGCCAAGGAGCGCACUUUCAAAAGACAGUACGUUGAUCACGCCACCCGGAAACUGCGCCUCAUAGUAGAUUUAACAUCAGCCAAUUGCAGCCAUCAAGUUCAACAGUUGUUGGUGGGAGCACCUAGGGCCAAUUCUACUUUUCCUAGUCAUGCGAACUUAAAAGAACCAGGUCAAGUCUACCGAUGUCUUCUGGGAAAUCCGAAUCGUGAUCAGUGCCAACCCUUGAUUGUCGAAAGUGAAGCAUCGCAAUUCAAUCGUGAUAGAUUGUAUAAAGAUCGCAAGGAUUACGGAUGGUUAGGCGGUGCCAUGGCCGUCAACAAUCCUUCAACUGGCCGCGUUGCAGUUUGUGGUUACCGAUGGUCGAACAGUCUAUCGUCCACUGAGCAUUACAUGAAUGGUGCCUGUUAUUGGAAUAACCAUCAAGUUUCUGAGAACAAGGAUUUCGUCAAGGUUCUGCCUAUUGUUUCUAAAGAGCAACAAGUAAUUGGGAAUGACCGAAACGGUACCUACAAUUACGCGUACGGACAGUCCGGCUUUUCCGUUCACAUGGCUCUUAAAAAAGAUAAAAUCGAGGAAAUGAUUAUUGGGGCUCCUGGAGUUUUCAAGUGGACGGGUGCUGUAAUUCGUGUUAGUGAUUACUCUCCAGACAAUCCUUCCGGUGUGCCUAGUAGAAGAAAGCGACAAGAUACGCAGGAUAUCAUCGAGUUUGGUGACACCUUGGUCUCGAACUCAGCCAAGAUAAGCGUACUAGAACCCAACGAUUAUUUCGGAUAUUCGGUUCACUCUGGAAUCUUUUUUAAUGAUGGCAAAUUGCUCUACGUAUCAGGAGCUCCACGGGCUGCUGGAAUGAAAGGCAAAGUUUUGUUAUUUGAUUUCUUUCCUGGUCAGGAUUCCCAGCUUAACAUCCGACUAGAACUAAAUGGUACACAAUUGGGCGAAUAUUUCGGUGCUUCGGUUUUGGCGGUUGAUUUGACUGGUGAUGGGAAAGCGGAAUUAUUGGUCGGUGCGCCACAGCAUAGUCUUCAACCAGAAUUAGGGGAUCGAACCGGAGACGAAGGAAAAGUUUAUUUCUACCUGAAUCGAAAUGACAAUUUGGAGAGAUCGCCAGCACUGUUUGGCAGUAAAGCUAAAGACGCCCGCUUCGGUACAACCAUGGCUUCUGUGGGUGAUAUCAAUCGCGAUGGAUUCAACGAUGUUGUUAUUGGAGCACCUUACGAGAACGAUAAAGGAGCUGUUUACAUCUACCUUGGCGGUAUGUACGAUAUUCACCGUCAUCCGGAGACUGGAUAUUGGCAGCGAAUCGCGGCUGCAGACUUUGUAUUUCCAUUGAACAACCUCAAAGGAUUUGGUAUUAGUCUCGUCGCUGCCGAUAUGGACGGAAAUAGUUAUCCAGAUCUUGCAGUGGGGAGUUUCAUGUCCGGUCACGCUAUUGUGUUCCGCUCCAGCCCUGUUAUCCAAUUAGCAUUGACAAUAAGAGCCGAAAACAGCUUGAUUGAUCCGGACGGAGGCUCGGUCUUUUUGAGAGUUUGUAGUUCCUUCGAAUCAAAAUUCACCAUCCCACAGAUUUGUAUUACAUAAUAUUAUCAAUAACGAAUCAGAACGUUGAUUGAUUCAUUCUUUUUAGGUGUUGGUUAUAAUUUUCACUUUGAUGCUGAAUACGUCAACCAGCCUAGACUGAUUUUAGAUAUAGACGGUACGACUGGUAGUCAACAGCAGCCAUUCAAUUAUACUGGCAUUCUUAAAUCUGGAUUUCCGUCGUGCCAACGUUUCAAACUCAACGUGGCGAAAACACCUUAUUACAGCCAAGAUUUUUCACGUCCGGCAAUCUUCCGUUUGACGGGGAAAUUACUGGGGGAUGGCCGUCCGAUAAAUAACACGUGUAUUCCCAUGAAGGAUGAACCUUUAAAAAAGGACCCAGUCGGAUCUCAACAUAUCCUUAUUACAGGCGGCACUGGCAUACGGAAAACUGAAAUGAAGGAUACAUUCUGCGCUACUUGCCCUGUGAUAGAUAAAACGGAAAAAAACUACAUUGAAGAAUCUGCCGCUUUCACUUCCGAAUGCGGUGCCGACAACAUCUGCAAAGAAGACUUGGAAGUAGAGGCGAAUUUCAUCUCCAAUCUCAAAGAGCUGGUCAUUGGAUCCAAAAGCACGAUUUCAUUUGAAGUGAGGUUGGUAAACCAUGGCGAACCUUCCUAUCUGACAACGUUAGACAUUCAACUGCCGAGUUACACCAAUCUGAAACGCACUCCAGCUGAUUUGUGCCAAAAGCCUAGCUUUGCUUCUUCAGAAGAAUUAAUCUAUUCGUGUCAACUGCGUGUCAAUCCUCUUAAACGAGCUAAAACCGAAAGGAUGGAGUUUGAACUGGAUUUGAUGUCCGUCCCGAGUGGUGGUAGCGAUGUUCUGAACGUCGUCGUCGAGGCCAGGAUGAAUGGUGUUGCAGCCAUGGGCAGGCAGCCGCUAUUUAAUCUGACCAUACCUUUAAGAACCGCCAUUGACGUGGAAAUCUUAGGAAAUUCCGUGGAGGAACAGCAAACAUAUCAGCGGUCCAACGAAACGAAAGUUUCGGCUGGACUUAAAGAUCGAAUAAUUUUUAAGCAUCUUUAUGAGGUGCGGAACGUUCUACCCAGUGCUGCAGAAGUAGAAAUCGAAAUCUUAAUCCCUAAUAGCGUCUUUAGUACGCAAGGAGUGACGCUACCCGUCGUCGAGCUCCCAAGCAUUUCCAUUGAUGCAACGCAAAAGGGAGGGCUGCGCAAUACUGUCUGCCGUUUAGAUUAUAAUUCAGGUCAAUCGAUAGACGACAUCCAGAGGUUCCGCGAAUUUAUUAAUUCCAGUCCAACUGUUAAAAUCCAACCUCCGUUUAAAUUCGGACUGGUAGCUAACCGAACCGCAUUUAUCGAUUGUUUCAAUACUCCAAACGCCAAUUGCGUAAAGUAUGUUUGCUCAGCAUUCGGUCCGCUAUCAACUGAGUCUCCCAUCAGGAUUUCUUUGACUGGAACUCUUCUUCUUCAGAAUAUUUUUUCCUUCAUGGUCAACGAGGAUGUCUUCAUUUUGUCUAGCGCAGCACGGGUUGUCAUUCGACAACCGGCUAAUGUUCCACAACCCUACGGUCACAAACCCGACGUUGCAAUUGCCACGACGUACUUCCUUCCACAAGGGCCACCAGGAACAUUGGCUGUUGCCUCUUGGAUUAUUGUUCUAGCUGUCCUUGCCGGUAUUAUUCUUUUGAGUCUGAUGGUCGUUGGACUGCACAAGAUGGGCUUUUUCAAGCGCCAACGCUAUCCGCAAGACGGCGGCCUGAUGGAGGAAACUACAACCCCAGGAGACGGGAACAGCGAGGGAACGGACACGGAGCCGCAACCGAAUGCCGUGGUCGGCGCUGGAUCACCGAAUCACCACUUUUUUCGCCUCAAAAGGGUACGGUUCGAUGACGCGGCCCUAGUCGUCUACAUUCCUUUAGUAGGAAAUGAACAGCAGUAACUACAGCAGCGGGGAAGAUUCGGACUGGGAGAACUCAAACAACAACGAAGAUGAGUUCACCAUUCCGCAACUACCCAGCCGCUUUCUCUUGAUCGCCCGGAUCGUCUGCGUCUGUUGCGGCUUGCCGUCGAAUCUGAUUGUUCUAUUCGUUUUCGCUAAAUGCCGACGGCUGCGACACCCCAGACACACCUGCUGGGUGGCUGUCACGGUGAUGGCAAUGUUUGUCAAUCUCCUGGCAGCCAUCGAAAUGUUAUCAGCGGCAUACCCAACUCGACCAGCCUACACAUUUCUCGUUUUCUUCAAAGGAACUCCUUUCGCCUUUUUCUCUCUUGGUUACACUAUUAUCGCCGUCGAGCGUUACCUGGCCGUGUCCUGUUACCUGUGGCACAAGGAUAACGUGACCAACCGAGUGGUUGUUCUAGCCUUCAUACUGAUUGGUUUUGUCGUCUUGGUCUGUUUAGUAGUGGCCAAUUGUCUUGAGGAGAAAUCUGCUUAUUUUAUGCCCGGAAAUGGCUUGUCGUCCUGGAAAUUAUUUCUGUUGGGCAUAACAGUGAUGGCCUCGUCGCUGAUAGGGAUCGUUUUGCAAGUGCUGACGUACAGCCACGUGAAGCAGCUCUACCGUGCUCAUCCCAAUCUAAGACGGACAGAUCGGCAUCUGUUUCAAGUCAAAUACCAGCACACUAAUACAAGAACCCAGCAGCCGGAAUUCAAGAAGGAAUUGGCAGUCGAUUCCAAGUGCAUAGUUACGACGACCUCGCAGCAGUACAGCACAUCAACGACGGAAAGGACCCGGGCCAGUCGGCUAGAAUUGGAGGCCGGAUUUUACUACUUCGUCAUUUCUCUUCCGGUUCUGAUCAGCAAUGGAACGAUAGGACUCUUCCUGACAUUCAACUACAUCUGCAGUCAUACUGAGCUGGCCAACGUUUGUCACGGAUGGAUGACAAUACUUCUUUACAUCCGGACCAUUCAACUGUUGAUUACUGCCUGUAAUCCGCUCAUCUACUACGCGCUGAGUUCCGAAUUCCGAUCCGCUUGCCGCAGUCGAUUUUGUAUAACGGCCAGACAAAACAAAACAUGAAUCCAACGAAUUCCUGUCUCGGUCGACUGGAUAACACGAACUUUCCGCCGCGCACAGCAGUUGAAAGAAAGAAGAAUACCAGACAAAACACAAGAAGAAGAAAAAUCAUUAAUUAAAGAAUAUCUUAAAUAGUGAGAUUGCCCACGUAUUCCGGCGUAUCCAAGGUGAUGUCAAUCUGUUUUCUCGGGAUUUCAUCGGCGAGCGGGCGACAAGAUGCGGAACGUGACGCAUGUAAACGUGUUUCUCGGGGAAAUUCAAAACUAUUUAUUUUGCUAACAAGUUUAGAUAAUGACGAUAAAGAAUUCUUGUUUUCCCCCCUUCAUGAAAUACAAAGUCUCGUUAAACGCUA